AUGGACUCUCCAAAGCAAAAGACGGCGUCGCUGCGCCAUCAGUUCAAUCCACAAAAGGCCUACCCUUCGCCAACGUCGCUGCCGAGUCCCGAGGUGGCUCAGUUUCAGGAAUUCGCCCGCAUACCGCACCUCGCCCUCGACCACUACUCGUCGUCGUCCGCCUGGUCGGGGCUGGGACCGGGGCCGCCGCCGCCGCCGCCGAUGACGACGCAUUGCGCGGGGGUGGUCAUGUCCGAGUACUUUCACCACGCGGGCAGCUCUCUAACCGGCGACGUCUACGGCCUCGACUUUGCGCGGUCCGGGGCCAUCCACAGUGAGCGCAGCCUGGAGCUGACAGGUCCGCUGGACGUGGCCGGCACCAUCACGGCGCGGAGCAUUGGUUUUGACGGCGACUUUAUCGUCAGCGAUGCCAUUUACGCCUAUGGGAGCAUUGAGAUUAACGGCAAUAUGACGGCAGAAGGCAGGAUCAAAGCUUUUGGAGACAUUAAAGUCAAUGGCAGCUUGACCGCAAGCGGUAGAAUUGAGGGAUCCUCGAGAUUGAAGCUGUGUGGCAGUAUUCACGCCGCUGAUGUGGAGAUUUACGGCAACGUCACCCUUCGUGGGUAUUUGUAA